CAGUUCUCCAUUUUGUGACGUAAGAGCAUGGCGACGAGUACUUUCGGCGGGAAACAUGCCUCUUGGCCAGCGUCUGUUACGCGCAGUUUGUCAUCAAGCAGUCUGUGUGGCUACGACGCGUGUUUCUCGAGGAGUUUUAGUGUUACAUGAAGAAUAUAACGAAGGAUAUAAGGAUAAGAAGCGACAUAAAGGUGCCUCGCCGAUAUAACCUCAAGAAAUUACUCGCAUGUUACCUACAUAAGUCGAUAGGUUAAAGCAGUAAAAGCGAGCUUAGUCAUCACAGAUAAUUGCUAUAGUAAGGAGCAACUGCAUCCGCAUCAUGGAGAUGCUUUCGACAAGGAAACUCUACAACAACCCAUUUACAAUCUGCAUAGAAGGGAAUAUUGGAAGUGGCAAAACAACGUUCCUAAAUCACUUUCAGAGCUUCAACAAUGCUACAAUUCUGCAGGAGCCAGUGGACUUGUGGCGAAAUGUGGCUGGAGUGAACUUGUUGGAUCUUUUCUACAAGGACCCAAUAAAUUAUGCCUUCCUGUUUCAAUCAUAUGUUCAAUUGACAAGAUUACAGUUACACAGUGCAAGUACACCAUCGCCUUAUAAGAUUAUGGAAAGAUCCAUAUUUAGUGCCAGAUGCUUCCUUGAGAACCUGAAGCGUACACACAUGAUAAAGGAUGUAGAAGCGGUAGUUUUAGAAAAUUGGUACGACUGGUGUAUGGAGAACACAAACAUAAGAGUAGAUUUAAUAGUAUAUCUGAGAACAACGCCUGAAAUUGUAUAUCAAAGAAUGCAAGCACGUGCGCGCAAGGAAGAAGACUCUGUGCCGUUAGAGUAUCUGAGACAAAUUCACGAAAUCCAUGAGGAUUGGCUUUACAGACAAACUCUAUUUUCUUUACCGGCGCCGGUUAUGAUCAUAGAUGGUGACAAAAGUCUCGAGGAAAUGGUACCACAGUUCGAGAAAUGUAAAGAUCGGAUACUUAAUGGGCAGGUCGAGAAUACGACAAGCACCAGAAUAGUUUUAGAUACUAAAGCUUAACACAGACUAUAUAACACUAUUGUGUUUAUUUGGCAAUAGAUUAAUUAUAGAGACUGAAAUGAUACUGUGCUCUGGGAAGGUGGGCUGAUUGUCGUUGACAUCGAUUACCCGCACGCUCAAUGCGGCUGUGCCAGUUAAUUGCGGGUUUCCUUGGUCAGUCGCGAUGAUGGUCAACCUAUACUUCUCACGGAUCUCGCGAUCUAGGACUAUAUUGGUCCGUACGACUCCGCUAUACGGUGGACUUAUGGUGAAGGCAUUAUCUGGAUUACCAUCCACAAUAUGAUAUAAGAUUCUGCUGUUUAACCCUUGAUCUGCAUCACUUGCUGAAAGCUACGGCAGCAAAUAUUGACGAAUGUAACGUGUGUUCAAACACAUAUUUUUUAUAUCUAUUUUCAUAUCUAGUUUUAACCUAUGUAAUAGACAAGUAAAAAUAAACAUUUACGCUUUUGAAUAA